AUAAUGCCGCAGCCAGACAUCACGAAUCCAGACUACAUAAAGUUCUUCGUAGAGUGCUGUGAGAAGACAGCGAGGCUCCGACAGAAAUGGAAUACUUUACACCAGAAGAAACUCCAGCAGGCCGCCGUUCUUACAAGGCCUGAUAAAAACCUUACUGACAUCGAUGUUAUUAAGCAAAAUAUGAUCGGCGGAUUAGCUGCCUUUACUCACUCCCUAGCUGCAACAACACGCGACUUCGUAACGUCAGGAUACAAUCGCCGCCGCACACCUAUCCGCGACACUAAAACUAUCCCCGGCAUAGAAUCUUUGAGGAAAGAGCACUCGAUACCGGCCGUAGGGCUCGGGGAUCCGAAGAAAGAUCCGAGACUCGGCCGGCCGGACACUGAUCUCAGUCUGGAUCCGAUUAUGAAGCCCGUGGAUCCGGCGCAUACGGAGAUUUUGUUUAAACCGAAACCGUUCUUUGGGCGAUUGGUGUAUCUUAAGAAUAGGGAGAAGAUUAAGCCAGAGGACAGAUAUUAUUUCGCCGAAACAAGCGGUUGGGACUAUGGCUGGCGUCUCAAAGACACGCCAUUCGGCAGCGUCGGCGCCCCGCGGACCGGUAAGGUGUACCGCCUGUUCCGCGACCAGAUGAGCCGCGUCGGACCCCAACCGGACCCGUACUAUUACAACCAGCCGGUGAAAACUAUGAUGGGGCCUUGCGAUGGCUGAAG